GUCGGCUGAACUGGUUGUUCCCACAGCGACUAGAUUAAGACGGUAACGGCGUGAAGGGUGGCGUUCCCGACAGGAGAACUUCACUCUCAGCGAGUUCACGCCGAAUUCAGCGCCGACUCGAACUUUCCACGCUGGUGAAAAAUCAGUCGCACAGAUCGGCUCCUCAAACUUCCACAAACAUCAUCGGAGUUUUUCUUGGAGUUAAAUUUAAUUUGAUUUGUCGGGUUUUCCCGAAAUUAACGUGAUUAACGUGAAAGGUCGUAUCCGCCGAUCGUCGCUGAUCGUAAACAUUUAAGUCAAUGUUAACGCCGAGUUUUGAGAGAGUUGAUUUUAAACUCUUGACCGGUCUCGUAAAAGACGUGGAGCGUUCCUCACAGCGUUAACCUCCGACCUCCACCUUCAUCCUGAUCGUCUCCGAAAAGGUCGUAUCCUCCGAUCGUCGCUGAUCGUAAACAUUCAAGUUAACGGGCAAACGGGCGGAGACGAACAAGUGAAAGGUUUUUAGACGUCAUUUCACCCCGAUGACAGCUGAGAGUAAGACAUCGGAAAAGAGAGGGAGCAAGGAGAGGAGGAAAGGGAGCAAGGAAAGGAAACAAGGAGAGGAAAUUCGCCUCCCAAACAGAUCCAGUAGGAAUUUUCGGACAGUAAAAAUCGGCGCCGUUCCUGAUGAGGUUGAAAUCGGAGGUUAAAGUUUGAAGCAGCUUUGAGUCGAGUCGGUUUGUGUCGAAGGUUCUGAAGAAGUUCUGAUGAAGAGGAGGGGAGCGGGGGAGUGACAGAGAGAGAGAGAGAGAGAGGAGGAGACAGGAGGAGUAAAAGGAGGAGAAACAGGAGGAGAAAGAAGGAGUUGAAGGAGUAACAGGAGGAGUAACAGGAGGAGGAGGAGAGGUUUGACUCCUAAUUGCGAUGAGUCGGUGAGGUUUCCGAUCUUUCGGCGUCUCACUUCGCUGGUCCUGGUCCUGGUUCUGGCCUUGGGCCGUGUCGGAGGGGCUCAUUAGGGAACCUCUGGGGACCCGACAGGAAGUGUUAACGGGAUCGCCAAAUUAGACUCCACCCCCUCCAUCCUCGCUUUCUCCCUGAUUCCUCCUCCCUCCCUCCUUCCUCCCUCAUUUGGACGGAGAGAAGGAGACUUCUUGUAACCACGGUAACGACACCGACACCUGGAAUCACGCCGCACCGCAAAAGAGCGCCGAGGGACAGUGACCGGCGCCGCGACAGCGAGGAGAACCGCCACCUGAUCCAGAAUAGAUGAGUGUGCACAAUUACAGGGGAGGUGGUGAGAGAGGAGGAGGUGAGACAGGAGGAGAGAAAGGAGUAACAGGACGAGGAGGAGGAGAGGAGGAGAGAGGAGGAGGAGAGAGAAGGAGGAGGAGGAGAGAGAGGAGGAGGAGGAGAGAGGAGGAGGAGGAGGAGGAAGAGGAGGAGGAGAGAGAGAGAGGAGGAGAGGGGAGGAGGAGGAGGAGAGAGGAGGAGGAGAGAGAGGAGGAGGAGAGGAGGAGGAGGAGAGGGAGGAGGAGAGAGGAGGAGGAGAGAGGAGGAGGAGAAGGAGUAACAGGAGGAGGAGGUGAGAGGUGGAGAUAGAGGAGGAGGAGAGGGAGGAGGAGGAGAGGGAGGAGGAGAGAGAGGAGGAGGAGGAGGAGAGGAGGAGGAGUAGAGAGGAGGAGAGAAAGGAGGAGGAGAGGAGGAGAAAGGAGGAGGAGGAGGAGAGAGAGGAGGAGAGAGACGAGGAGAAGGAGUAACAGGAGGAGGAGGAGAGAGACGAGGAGGAGAGGGAGGAGGAGAGAGGAGGAGAGGAAGUAACAGGAGGAGGAGGAGAGAGGAGGAGGAGGAGGAGGAGAGAAAGGAGGAGGAGAGAAAGGAGGAGGAGGAGUAACAGGAGGAGGAGGAGGAGGAGAGGAGGAGGAGAGGAGGACGAGAAGGAGUAACAGGAGGAGGAGGAGGAGGAGAGAGGAGGAGAGAGAGAAAGAGGAGAGGGAGGAGGAUGAGAGGGAGGAGGAGAGAGAGGAGGAGAGAGAGGAGGAGAGAGGAGGAGAGAGAGGAGGAGUAACAGGAGGAGGAGGAGAGAGAGAGAGGAGGAGGAGGAGGAGGAGAGAGGAGGAGUAACAGGAGGAGUAAAAGGAGGAGGAGGAGAGAGAGGAGGAGUAACAGGAGGAGGAGAGGAGGAGGAGGAGGAGAGGGAGGAGGAGAGAGAGGAAGAGGCGAGAAAGGAGGAGAGAAAGGAGGAGGAGAGAGGAGGAGGAGGAGUAACAGGAGGAGGAGAGAAAGGAGGAGGAGGAGAGGGGAGGAGGAGGAGAGAGAGGAGGAGGAGAGGGAGGAGGAUCUCUCCUUUGCUUCCUCAUCCCUCCUUUGCCUCCUUCCCUCUCUCCUCCUCCCUCACUAACCCCUCCUCCUCCUCUUCCUACUCUCUCUCCUCUCCUCUCCUCCUCCUCUCUCUCCUCCUCCUCUUCCUCUCCUCCUCCUCCUCCUCUCUCUCCUCCUCUCUCUCCUCCUCCUCUUCCUCUCUUCCUCCUCUCUCUCCUCCUCCUCUUCCUCCUCCUCCUCCUCUUCCUCUCCUCCUCCUCUCUCUCCUCCUCCUCUUCCUCUCCUCCUCCUCCUCCUCUCUCUCCUCCUCCCUCUCCUCCUCCUCUCUCUCCUCCUCUUCCUCUCCUCCUACUCUCUCUCCUCCUCCUCCUCCUCUUCCUCUCCUCCUCCUCCUCUCUCUCCUCCUCCUCCUCUUCCUCUCCUCCUCCUCUCUCUCUCCUCCUCCUCUCUCUCCUCCUCCCUCUCCUCCUUCUCUCUCUCCUCCUCCUCUUCCCCUCCUCCUCCUCUCUCUCCUCCUCCCUCUCCUCCUCCUCUCUCUCCUCCACCUCUUCCUCUCCUCCUCCUCUUCCUCUCCUCCUCCUCCUCUCUCUCCUCCUCCUCCUCCUCGUUUCUCCCACAAAGAAGAAGUCCGUUCAUUUCCUGUUCUCUCUGGGACUGAUGGGAGUCGGGGGAGGUCGGCGGUUUGGGUGGGGGAGUCGGGGGAGUCGAGGGGGGUGCUGGUUUCAAAGUCUGACGGAGGAGUAAAGGGGGGGUCAGAAGAAAGAGCGUUUCUCCUGGAGGAGGUGGAGGUGGAGCUGCGUUUGAUUCGGCGCCGUACUUGAACCUGAUUGAACGCUUCAGAGCUCGCCGCUAAUCUCUACCUGACAAAAACACGCCGCUGAAGAGGGGGGAGGUCAUGUCCCGUCUGUCCUCCUCUUCUUUGGAGUGAAAGGAGCUCCUUCUCCUCCAGGAGGAGGACGGUUGGUUCAGGAGAGAGAACGAAUGAAAAGAGAGAAAGAAAAAGGGGCGGAGCUGGAGAGGAACGUGGCCAGACUGAUGACAGCGGAGGAUUCAAACGCCGCCGUUUCAUUCACGGCCUGGAGUGCGGCGAUCUUUGAAUGGAGGAUGGAUUAAUCUCAUUGAGAAGUGGGAUUAGAGCGGUUCCCAGGGAACCAAUUAGAGAGGGGGGGAGGCGGGGCAGAGGGGCGAGAGAGAGGGGGAGAGAGUCCACCUGAAAGGGCGAGAGAGAGACGGGUCCAAAUAUAAACAACACGAGCGUCUCCUCAUCGUCAUCGAGAAACUCCGGGACCGUCAGACCAGAACCAAGAACCCAGAGUCUGGACUGAAACGGACCCGCUGAACCGAGGCGUCUUCAUACGGCGUUCACCCUCGAUGACAUCAGAACCCGAUUCACCGAUCAGUCAGGAAACUCAGACAACUUAGUGACUUAGUCGCCAUAUUUGGCGAGUUUUCAGACCCUUGUGGCGACUCUGACAUUAAAGUACGCAUCACCUCCUCUUCUCAACGGGUGGCGUGUUCUGCCGUCAGCCUGCAGAUUAACCGCUCAUGAGCGACGCCGCCGCUGGUCGAUUAAAACCAACGUUAAAAAAAAGAACCUCAGUGAGUUCGCCGAAUAAAGACGGAGGUAAAAAAACAAGAACGGACCGAAGAAAGUUCGUUUGAAGUUUGAGUUAAAAGAUUUUAAAGAUUUUAAAAGUUUAAAUUUUUUAUUAGAGUUAAAAGAUUUUAAAGAUUUAAAAGUUUAUUUUUUAUUAGAGUUAAAAGUUUUUAAAGAUUUUAAAGUUUUUCAAAGUUUAUUUUUUAUUAGAGUUAAAAGUUUUUAAAGUUUUUAAAGAUUUUAAAAGUUUAUUUUUUAUUAGAGUUAAAAGUUUUUAAAGAUUUUAAAGUUUUUUAAAGUUUAUUUUUUAUUAGAGUUAAAAGAUUUUAAAGUUUUUAAAGUUUUUAAAGUUUAAAUUUUUUUUGCUCUUCUUUAGUGAUUGUAAAUAAACGAGGUCAAACGUUGACGUUUUCGGUCCUUCGGCCCUCGGUCCCCCUCACUCCUCCGAGUCUGAGCUCCAGGGAAGUUCUGGUCCAAGUCUCAGAGUUCCUGUCUGAACUGGGUCCCGGCGGCGGCGGCGGCGGCCUCUCUCCUCGCCGUCUGAGUGAAAUCAGAUGUCGGCAGGAGAUCGGGUUUCUCGGCGUUCCUCUGCAGGUGUGAAAGGUGAAAGCUCUCCGAAACAGGAAGAGCAGAUUUGAAUAUUCAGCCCGAGGGCGAGGGCUAGGGCAAGGGCGGUGAUUUUCUCUGACCCCGAAUGUCGGCGGAUCACACGGAGGUCGGGUCUGACGGCGAGGCCAGAUGUUCCUCCGCCGCCGUGAACACGAAGAGCGAGGCUGAAAAAAAGAGUCUGCCUGCAGUUUUCCCAUCAUUCAUCACUCCGACGUCAGGACUCAUUACUGAGCUCGUGUUUUCAGACGUGACGGGCAGACCGACCCCGAGAACAAACCGCCUCACCUGAUUGGCUGUGAUUGUUACUUCCUGUUGCAUGUGUGGCAGCGGCCUGACUUUCCUUUGAGGUUUUGAUUUUCUCGCCGAGACGUCCGUGACAGACUAACGCCGUUCCUCCUGAGUCUGCGCCGCUCUGAAACGCAUCACUUCCUGCGGGAUAAUUUCGUCCUCGGGAACACACUGAUGAGUCGUGAACAAACUUCCUUUCGCCGUUCCAGCCGCCGUCAUCGGAGGAAAACGGACACUUUAAAAACUUCCUUUGACCCUCCUUGUUCCGUCGACCUGAUUAGCAGGCGGCGAAUUUCCUCCCUGGUGCGAUUAACGACAUCGACACCUGGACAGCAGAGCGCCGCGCCGCAGGAGCAACAGGAAGUCUUAUUUUGGUGGUUUGGAAAGAGUCAGGUGAUACGGAAAUACAGCGAUUGUCGCCAUCCGCCGAUUCCUACCGGAUCCAUUUGUGAGGUGAAUUUCGUGGCGAAUUACAGACGGCGGUGAUCACGAGAACUCUCAAGAACCCGCAGAUUCACGUUCAAUCUCACGAUAACGAGUCGUCUCUCUAAAGACAGACACAUAGACAUAUAAGCAGUAGAUUGUGUCCUUCCAGAGGAGGAAAUCUACUUCUAGACUUCUAGAAUCAGCAUCUCCUCAUCCAUGGUGUCAUCGGGGUGAAAUGACGUCUAAAAACCUUUCACUUGUUCGUCUCCGCCCGUUUGCAUGGUGUGAAAUACGAUCCUCCUGAAACACAGAGUGUUUUAUUUUGAAAAGAAGCCGGAUGUUUUAUUUUGAAAAGAAGCCGGAUGUUUUAUUUUGUGUCUGUGCCCGACUUCCUUUCCAGCACGGGUUAAUCUGUGCUGAAUUUAUCCGCCAUGCUCCGGCGUCCGACGGAAAGAAGUCGUUUGUUCAGAAAAAAACGGAUCAGGGAGGAAUUGGCGGACGGCAAAAAUCGCGGCGGAAAUUCGGGGUUCGUUGAAGUACGGCGAGUCAAGAAGUUUAUUAUCCUGAAAAAAAACAGGAGGAAGAAUAAGCGUGAGAAAUGUCAGGUGUGGCGUGAGAACAGGUCAGAUGGCGUGACAGUCACAGUCAAAGGUAGAAACGUUCAACGCUGAAAUAAAAACAGAAGAAGAAGAAGAACAGAAGAGGGAGGGUCACACACACACACACUCACACUCACACACACACACACACACACACACACACACACUCUCAUACACCCCCCCCCUCUGAGAGAAAGGGGAAGUAUCUCGCCGUGGCGGUCUGGGCUGACUCGGCCUGUGGCGUGCUCUGACCUUUGCUCCAUGAAGGUGAAAAGCUGCGUUCUGAUUGGUUUGAGUAAAACGCCUCCAGUAGUAACAUUUUUCCCUCUUCACAUCUUCAUCUUUUCAUCAGAUAUUCGUUUUUUUCCCCUCCUCUCCUCGCCGCUCUCUCUCUCGCCGCUCUCUCUCUCAGUAAAACCUCCCGUUGCCCCCGCCGACGUGAGCUCCGCCCUCUUCCUGUCGUCUCUUGGCUGCAGGACCGUUUUGAUCACCUACGAGCCCGAGGAGAGGGAGAGCGCCGCUGAACCGUCACGCAGGUACAGCGCUCAGUGGGCGGUCAGAGGUCAGAGGUCAGGACUGUUGACCCCUCCCUCAAAAAAUAGAUUUGUGAUUUCUCUGAUCAAAAAUGAUGAUUGAUUGAUUGAUUGAUCAGCCGGUGUUCAAUUUCACUGAAUUAUAAAGUUAAAACAACAACGUCCUUUAAUCAGAACAUGAGAAACAAAGAAGUUCAACUGGAAGAUAAAAAUAAUCAAAAUAUAUAAAAAAUAAAUAAAAAAAUCUAAAAAUAUUAAUAUAAAACAGGAAAAAUAUAAAAAUAAAAAUAAAAAUAAUCAAAAUAUAUAAAAAAUAUUAGUAUAAAACAGUAAAAAUAUAAAAAUAAAAAUAAUCAAAAUAUAUAAAAAAUAAACAAAAAAAUCAAAAUAUAUAAAAAAUAUUAAUAUAAAACAGUAAAAAUAUAAAAAUAAAAAUAAUCAAAAUAUAUAAAAAAUAAAUAAAAAAAUCUAAAAAUAUUAAUAUAAAACAAGAAAAAUAUAAAAUAUAAAAAUAAUCAAAAUAUAUAAAAAAUAAACAUAAAAUAAUAAAAUAUAUUAAUAUAAAACAGUAAAAAUAUAGAAAUAAAAUAAGACAUUAAAAAUUAUAUUAGACAUUAACAUAAGACAGUAAAAAUAAUAUUACACUAGAAUAAAAUAAAAUAAUAGAAGACUAACAUGUGAAACCAUAACAAUAGAAGACUAUGAUAAAAUAAUAUAUCAGUAUAAGAAAAUAAAUGACUAAUAUAAAAUUAACAAUUGAAGACUUCAAUAAAGUAAAAUAAUAUAAGGUUUUAAUAAAAUAUUUUAGACUUUAAUAAUAAAAAAAUAACAUGACUAAAUAAUAUAAUAUAUUAAUUUAUAUUUUUUAUAAAAAAUUUUUUAAGACUAAAUAAUAUAAUAUAUUAAUUCAAGACUUUUAUUUAACUAAAAUAGAAUAAGAUUAACAUUAUUAGACUACGAUUAAAUAAUAUAAAAAUGAACUAAAAUAUGAGAGUAAAAUUAAAAAUCAAUAUGAGACUAUGAUAAUGUAAUUAUAUAAGAUAAUAACCAAAUAGUUCUCAAUCAAUCAAAUCAAUUUAAUUCAGUUUAUCAAUAACAAUCAGGGAGAGAAGUGAUUGACAGCUGAUCGAUCGUAAAGAAAUCUCCAAAAGUCAACGACUGAUUCAGACGCUGUUUCCCCCUCGAAGUCUGUCCUCCUUCAAAAAAUGAGAGUGUGUGUGUGUGUGUGUGUGUGUGUGCGUGUGUGUGUGUGUGUGUGUGUGUGCUCACUGGGGUGAGUGAUGGGGGAGGUCGGGGGGGAGGUGGCCCCGCUGUUUGUCCAUACGCUCCUGCCUCCUCUCGCCGUUUCAGCCUGGAUGACCACAGAGCGCUCAUUAGCAUUAACACUGUGUGUGCGUGUGUGUGUGUGUGUGUGUGUGUGUGUCAGUGUGCACGUGUGGUUGUGUGAGUGUGCAGAUGAAGGGGGGGUCGAAUUUGCUCCAGGCCUGUCUACUCUUCCAGGUUUGUGUGUGUGCGUGUGUGUGUGUGUGUGUGUGUGUGUGUGUGUGUGUGUGUGUGUGUGUGUGUGUGUGUGUGUGGGAUCACGCUCUGGCAGAGACGGCGGCGUGUCACAUCCGUGUAGCUGCUAAUCAGGCGCCGGUUUGAGCGUCAGCCAGCGAGCGUCGGGCCCCUCGCUCGCUCGCCCCUCCUCGCUCUUUCCACGCCAUGUGAAGAAAUGCAGAUAAUGGCGCACACUGCAGAGAGGCAUGAUGGGAAAAAUCGCUACAUACAUAUAUGAGGUGAGAGCUAGCGGCCGUCGGGUGAGCUCUGAGUUCAGUGUGCGGUUUCCUCUGUGUGUGUGUGUGUGUGUGUGUGUGUGGUAAAGGCCUCUCCAUGCUAAUGCUAAUGCUAACAUUCCCUCACUUGGUGCAGUGAUACUGACCCCUAUAGGCAGCAGCAGCAGCAGCAGCGCUCUCAGGAUCUUCUCAGAUGGUAUUUUUUUUCCCCCGGAGUAAAAAAAAACACUAAAGUCUAACUUUAACCCUGACUCUGAGUUUAACUUUAACCCUGACUCUGAGUUUAACUCUGACUCUGAGUUUAACUUUAACCCUGACUCUGAGUUUAACUCUGACUCUGAGUUUAACUCUGACUCUGAGUUUAACUUUAACCCUGACUCUGAGUUUAACUCUGACUCUGAGUUUAACUUUAACCCUGACUCUGACUUUAACUGAGUUUAACUUUAACCCUGACUCUGAGUUUAACUUUAACCCUGACUCUGAGUUUAACUUUAACCCUGACUCUGAGUUUAACCCUGACUCUGAGUUUAACUCUGACUCUGAGUUUAACUCUGACUCUGAGUUUAACCCUGACUCUGAGUUUAACUUUAACUCUGACUCUGAGUUUAACUCUAACACUGACUCUAACUCUAACUCUGACUCUGAGUUUAACUCUAACCCUGACUCUAACUUUAACUCUGACUCUGAGUUUAACUCUAACACUGACUCUAACUUUAACUCUGACUCUGAGUUUAACUCUAACCCUGACUCUAACUUUAACUCAGACUCUGAGUUUAACUCUAACCCUGACUGAGUUUAACUCUAACACUGACUCUGAGUUUAACUCUAACCAGCUCUACUGACACUGACUCUGAGUUUAACUUUAACCCUGACUCUGAGUUUAACUCUGACUCUGAGUUUAACUCUAACCCUGACUCUGAGUUUAACUCUAACUCUGACUCUGAGUUUAACUUUAACCCUGACUGAGUUUAACUCUAACUCUGACUCUGACUCUGACUCUGAGUUUAACUCUAACCAUGACUCUGAGUUUAACUCUAACACUGACUCUAACUCUAACUCUGACUCUGAGUUUAACUCUGACUCUGACUCUGAGUUUAACUCUAACCAUGACUCUGAGUUUAACUCUAACACUGACUCUAACUUAACCUGACUCUGAGUUUAACUCUAACCCUGACUCUAACUUUAACUCUGACUCUGAGUUUAACUCGAACACUGACUCUAACUUUAACUCUGACUCUGAGUUUAACUCUAACCAGCUCUGACUCUGACUCUGAGUUUAACUUUAACUCUGACUCUGAGUUUAACUCUAACACUGACUCUAACUUUAACUCUGACUCUGAGUUUAACUCUAACCCUGACUGAGUUUAACUCUAACACUGACUCUGAGUUUAACUCUAACCAGCUCUACUGACACUGACUCUGAGUUUAACUUUAACCCUGACUCUGAGUUUAACUCUGACUCUGAGUUUAACUCUAACCCUGACUGAGUUUAACUCUAACCAGCUCUACUGACUCUGUCUAACUCUGACUCUAACUAACUCUGAUUUAACUCUAACCCACUCCAACUCUGACUCACUCUAACUCUCACUGACCUUUACUCUGACUCUGACCAACUCUUCAGACUGACUGACUCAAACUCUUAGCGACUCUAACUGUCUGACUCUAAUGCUAGCUGACUCUGAUUUAACUCUGACUGACCCCGACUCUCUGACUCUGACUGACUUAAACUCUGACUCUGACUCUCUUACCCUGACUCUAACUUUAACUCUGACUCUGAGUUUAACUCUAACACUGACUCUAACUUUUACUCUGACUCUGAGUUUAACUCUGACUCUGACUCUGAGUUUAACUCUAACCAUGACUCUGAGUUUAACU